AUGGCCGGUUUUGAUGUCCAAUCGGAUCACGAAAGCUAUACAUACAAUAUUCAAUCUGAUCAGCUGAAUAGCAUGGACUCUAACUAUACAAACGGCUUUCCAUUAAAUCAAACAAUUAUUACGGACCUUGGUUACGCGAACAUGGAUCAACCGAUUAGUAUGGGCUACAAUGGCAUCCAAUCCUACCAACACAAUCAAACGCCUCUCCAACCUCCCGGUCAAGAUUCUUUUCCUUCUGAUAUCGGCCUUUUCGAUCAUAACGGCAUUUACAUUGGGGUGAAUGAAUCGUUGGAUACCGAAAAUUACGGAUAUAUCAGAAACAAUGAAAAUAUGGUCAACUAUUCAACUAUAAACUAUGAUUUGGCCAACUACAAUCCGCCUUCUGUUCAUUAUCCUCUUCCCCAAACUUUAGUUCAAACACUACCUACCUCUACUCCUUCCAACAACGCUGGUGCGAUGGCAACCGCUGCGAGUCAUAGACGCACAGUAAUUAUUGUGAAAGCGGAUAUUACUCUGGAAGAAUUAUUGUCUAUUAUUCAAUGA